CGCGGCGGCGGGGCGGGCGGCGUCGGGCCGGGCGCGGUGGAUGGACCUGUUCGGGGACCUGCCCGAGCCCGGCGGCUCGGCCCAGGGGAAGGAGGCCCAGGGGCAGCUUCGGCUCUUCGACGACCUCCCGCCGGCCGGCAGCGCCGACACAGGAAAAGGAAGCUCUUUGCUCUUCGAUGACCUCCCACCGGCCAGCAGCAGCGAUGCAGCCUCCAGCACUCCUGAGCAGGUCUCAGCAGGGAGCCAUGCAAAAGGGGAGAAGAGGAAGUCCUUGGAGGAGGAAGAGAAGAAUGGCAGGGAAGAACUUGUGGAAAAGAAAGUUUGUAAAGGGUCAGUGGGCAUUCUUGGAUUGAAGGGCUACGUGGCAGAGAGGAAAGGUGAAAGAGAAGACAUGCAGGAUGCACACGUCAUCUUAAAUGAUAUCACUGAGGAGUGCCAGCCUCUGCCCUCCCAAGUCACACGUGUCUCAUACUUUGCUGUUUUUGAUGGCCAUGGGGGAGUCCGAGCCUCAAAGUUUGCAGCACAGAAUCUGCACCUCAACCUGAUCAAGAAAUUUCCAAAAGGUGAGGUGGUCAGUGUGGAGAAAACCGUGAAGAGAUGCCUUUUGGACACCUUCAAACAUACAGAUGAAGAGUUUUUAAAGCAGGCAUCCAGUCAAAAGCCUGCAUGGAAGGAUGGCUCCACAGCUACAUGUGUCCUGGCUGUUGACAAUAUUCUCUACAUCGCCAACCUCGGCGACAGCCGGGCUAUUCUGUGUCGUUACAAUGAAGAGAGCCAGAAGCAUGCAGCCUUAAGCCUCAGCAAGGAGCACAACCCCACCCAGUAUGAGGAACGUAUGCGGAUACAGAAAGCAGGGGGAAAUGUCAGGGAUGGAAGAGUGCUGGGAGUCCUGGAGGUUUCCCGCUCCAUUGGGGACGGCCAGUACAAGCGCUGUGGUGUAAUCUCUGUGCCAGAUAUCAAACGCUGCCAGCUCACACACAAUGACAGGUUCAUCCUGAUAGCGUGUGAUGGCCUCUUUAAAGUCUUUACGCCAGAAGAAGCUGUGAACUUCAUUGUGUCCUGCCUGGAGGAUAAGAACAUCCAGAAAAGAGAAGGGAAGCAGGAAGCAGAUGCUAGAUACGAAGCUGCCUGUAACAGACUGGCCAACAAGGCAGUGCAGCGAGGGUCAGCGGACAACGUGACGGUCAUGGUGGUCCGGAUAGAGCACUGAGAGAUGAGGAGCAGCAGCGAGGUCCCCAUCUGAUGUAAAGAUGGGACAAGUUGGUGUGGGUGUGUGCGUGGUGGGGGGAGGGCCCUGCUGCAUGCUCCUCAGUGUAAAUAAAGGUUUUUUCUAAUAGUUUUAGUUCA